AUGGGCCCAAGUAGUGCAUCAUACGCUAAAGGGAAUAGGGUGCCAUUUGGGACUUACCCUCUUGCACAUGUCCACCUGCUAUCCAUCAUUCACAUGUCCAUCUACUAUCCAUCAUUCACCUGUCCAUCUACUAUCCAUCAUUCACAUGUCCAUCUACUACCCAUCAAUCACAUGUCCAUCUACUAUCCAUCAUUCACCUGUCCAUCUACUAUCCAUCAUUCACCUGUCCAUCUACUACCCAUCAUUCACAUGUCCAUCUACUAUCCAUCAUUCACCUGUAUCUAUAUCCAUUCACAUGUCCAUCUACUACCCAUCAAUCACCUGUCCAUCUACUAUCCAUCAAUCACCUGUCCAUCUACUACCCAUCAUUCACAUGUCCAUCUACUAUCCAUCAUUCACCUGUCCAUCUACUAUCCAUCAAUCACCUGUCCAUCUACUAUCCAUCAUUCACAUGUCCAUCUACUACCCAUCAUUCACAUGUCCAUCUAUUACCCAUCAUAUACCUGUCCAUCUACUGUCCAUCAUUCACCUGUCCAUCUACUACCCAUCAUACACAUGUCCAUCUACUACCCAUCAUUCACCUGUCCAUCUACUAUCCAUCAUUCACCUGUCCAUCUACUACCCAUCAUUCACCUGUCCAUCUACUGUCCAUCAUUCACCUGUCCAUCUACUACCCAUCAUUCACAUGUCCAUCUACUACCCAUCAUUCACCUGUCCAUCUACUAUCCAUCAUUCACCUGUCCAUCUACUAUCCAUCAUUCACAUGUCCAUCUACUACCCAUCAUUCACCUGUCCAUCUACUACCCAUCAUUCACCUGUCCAUCUACUAUCCAUCAUUCACCUGUCCAUCUACUAUCCAUCAUUCACAUGUCCAUCUACUAUCCAUCAUUCACAUGUCCAUCUACUACCCAUCAUAUACCUGUCCAUCUACUGUCCAUCAUUCACCUGUCCAUCUACUAUCCAUCAUUUACCUGUCCAUCUACUAUCCAUUAUCCCCCCCAUGCAUGUUGCUGCUUUAUAAUUCAUUGUUGUUUUCAUUUUUUCAUUUGAGAGUUUAUCCAGUUUAUUGCCUUAAUAGACAACAUUUAUCCGAGUAGUGUAUUAAUGUAGCGUCUUUAUAUAGCAUACCCUUCGAAUGCAGGGACUCUUAUGCAAAAAUUGUGUCCUGUUUUUCCACCUGUAGUGUCUCAUCGUGCAGAAUUGAACACAUAAGAAAUACUGUAUAUUUCAACAAGGUACUAAAGAAUGAAUUACUAGCCUUGUUGGUUCUGCAAAGACUGUAAAAUAAUCCUUCCCAUUUUGUAUUGCCGCUCCUCGCUAACUUAGCUACUAGUCUACAUUAGCACAGCUGUUGACUGUACAACACUGUCUUAACACAUGCGGUUUUCUACCUCUGAGAUGAGAUUCCAUGGUACUUGUAACACCAUUGAGAAGGUGUACAUGUCAAAUAUUUAUUCUGCACCUGUCUAAUGCCUUACUGGGUGAACUAUAUUGCAUUUUACUCUAAUUUCUGUUUAAAAACAAACUGAAAUGUUUCAGAAGGACACGUGUGUUUGUGUGAGGAGGAAUUCUUUAAAGAAUGAAGUAUGUUUUUGAAGUUUCAUUCUAAAAUGCUAUAUAUCCAUUUUCAGAAAUGUUGGUGAUUUAGCUUUUAUUGUUUAAAGGUCAUGAACAGUCAAAAUCAUGUUUUUCAUGAAAUUGGAUGAUAUUUGAAGGAAACCAGAUUAAAGUAUUGAUGACCAAAGUA